AUGACGGGGCUGAGAGAGCGUCUGGCUUUAGAGACGAGCAUUCAAGAUAGCCAAAUUGAGGUCGAUGGGGCCAGUCUCAGACGGCGGCUUGGCGAUUACGCUCGCCUCCCUCGCGCCAGUAGCCAGUUCACGUUGUUGUCCCCCCCAGUCGGCAAGCCUCUUCUAUUAAGCACCAAAGCAACUUUGACCAAAUGGCAUUUUAUCUGGUGA